CACAGGAAAGGUUUAGAUACGUUAGCUGUCCUCAUCUGCUCCGAGUCUCUGCUUUAUGUGAGGUAAAAGAGUAUCACACAGGAGAGGUUUAGAUACGUUAGCUGUCCUCAUCUGCUCCGAGUCUCUGCUUUAUGUGAGGUUAUCAGAAAUGACGAGCAGAAGCUGUGUGGGCAUGCUGGCACUUGUAGUUCAUUAACCCCACCCCUCCUCUUGCCAUGGCAAUCACCUCUCAUCGUUGGGACCUCUCAAAGGGUUCAGAGCAGCCAGUCCUGGCAUGUUGAUGUGAUCCCGGAUUAUCAUCAGGUCUCCUGGUCUGUACGUCUCACAGAGUGACCCCGCUGCAUUUGUCACCAUCAGGACCUUUACUCCCAGCAGCUUAAACACUCGGAUUGGGAAAGUGACCUAGAAAGACAUUCCCAGAAUGUCACAGACUGACAGGAUGUUAAUAGCUUGUGAUGUUCACUUCCCAUGAAGCUCUGCUUAUCUGUCUGCAGCAGCCACAUUACAGUACCUAAUGCUGAAUACAUAUAUCAGAGAAUUUAGCUGAUGAUAUGGUGACCGGAGAAUGGCCGCAGCAUUGCGUAAUAAUCCUGUUUAGCACAGAAGGGCCUGAAGGCAGGUUGUAUUCAGCUGCUGGGAUCUUUGAGGUUAAAUAAGGAGCGCGCCACUGCUGGCAGCCAGAGACUGAACACAUCUACCUACUGCAGCUCUCCCGGGAUGAACAUGACCCAGAAGACGUCCUUGGAAGUCCUGGCAUCUGACGCCAACCGAGUGUACCUGGAUAACAUCAACAUGACCCAGCAGGAGGGACUCACUGCUUCCUGUCUGGGAAUCAUGAAGUUUUAGGUUAGAAAACAUUCGGGCUGUUCCUGGUGCUGUCACCCCUCGCUGCACCCACCUUACCGCAGCCCAACAACAACCCUACCAACAGCAUGGGCUGCAUCACGUCCAAACCCAACUCAGUGCUGGACAAAAAAUGUGAGUCCACUCCUGAGACAGAGCGACGACGUUACGUCAAAGAUCCCACAUCUAUAACUGGAACGAAUAAACCAAAAGAGAUCUCAAGCGGUGGAGGUGAUGAUGCGGCCCUUCUCGUGGCUUUAUAUGAUUAUGACGCCGUGCACCCCGAUGAUCUGACCUUUCAGAAAGGAGAUCAUUUACAGCUACUGGAGGAAUCUGGUGAAUGGUGGAGAGCCCGCUUGACACGUACAGGAGAAGAAGGUUAUAUCCCCAGCAAUUAUGUGGGACGGGUCGACUCCCUGGAGUCUGAGGAAUGGUAUUUCAAGGGUGUUGGCAGGAAAGAGGCUGAGCGGCAGCUGUUGUCCCCCGAAAACCAGGCCGGAUCAUUCAUGAUAAGGGACAGUGAGACCAUGAAAGGCUGUUACUCACUUUCUGUCAGAGACUACACCGGCCAGUCUGGAAACAUGGUGAAGCAUUACAAGAUCCGUACUCUGGACAAUGGAGGAUUCUACGUCUCUCCUCGGAAAACGUUCACCUCUCUGCAGGAACUCGUCACCUACUAUAAAAGUAACAUGGAUGGAUUGUGCCAAUAUCUCACUCAGCCCUGCAAGACGGCUCGCCCACAGAAACCAUGGGAGAAGGAUGCCUGGGAGGUCCCUAGGGAGUCACUGAAACUGGAGAAAAAGCUAGGAGCGGGACAGUUUGGAGAUGUUUGGUUAGCAACAUACAAUGGGCACACACAGGUGGCUGUGAAGACCAUGAAGCCAGGCAGUAUGUCUCCGGAGGCCUUUCUGGAAGAAGCCAACCUGAUGAAGACUUUGCAGCAUGACCGCCUUGUUCGCCUUAAUGCUGUAGUGACUCAGGAGGAGCCCAUCUAUAUAAUCACUGAGUACAUGGAAAAGGGCAGCCUUCUAGACUUCCUUAAGAGCCAGGAAGGGAAUAACCUGGCACUGCCACAGCUUAUCGACUUCUCUGCCCAGAUUGCGGAGGGAAUGUGGUUUAUUGAACAGAAGAAUUACAUUCACCGGGAUCUGAGAGCUGCCAACUGCCUGGUGUCCGCAGCUAUGGCGUGUAAAAUCGCAGACUUUGGGUUAGCGCGAGUGAUUGAGGACAGCGAGUAUACGGCGCGAGAGGGUGCCAAAUUUCCCAUUAAAUGGACUGCACCUGAGGCAGCGAACUACGGCUCCUUCACCAUCAAAUCUGACGUCUGGUCAUUUGGUAUUCUGAUGACUGAAAUUAUCACAUAUGGGAGAACCCCGUAUCCAGGAAUGUCUAAUCUGGAAGUAAUCACAGCUCUGGAGCGCGGGUACCGCAUGCAGUGCCCAGGCAACUGCCCUAAAGAGUUCUAUGACAUCAUGCUACAGUGCUGGCAACAAAACCCAGAGCAGCGACCAACCUUUGACUAUCUGCAGGGCAUCCUGGAGGAUUUCUUCACUGCCACGGAAAGCCAAUACCAGCAGCAGCCAUAAAAAGUUCCAGGCCUGCCCUAAUGCCACUGACUGUCCAGAUCUGAUGCACAGCUGCAUCACUACAAGCCAAUGGUAGUGCAGUUUACUGUUACAGAUGCUAUUAACUGCUCAGAAAUGAUAGGUGGCCACCUAUAAACACCUCUGCGCUGCCCUAUCUGCUUCACUGCCAAUCAGGUGGCAGAUCCAUCAUGUCUGCAAACUGUGACAACAACUAGUGUGAUCUUUAUUUACAAUGUUACAUAGUUAUAGAGUUUAUUUUCAUUAAUAUUUGUGUAGAUGUAAUAGCAGAAACUGAUUUUUUAUUGUGCUAGUGCAGUACAUGCUCUGCCUGUAGAUGUAAAAAUCCAAAAGGACUGAACUAACCAGCACUGUGUACACGGUCCUCAUAGUGUAUUAGGUAACAUAGUAUAUUAUGCAGACUGAUUCAGCACAGUGUAGAUUGCAGACUGAUCCAGCACAGUGUAGAUUACAGACUAAUCCAGCACAGUGUACACUGCAGACUGAUCCAGCACAGUGUAGAUUGCAGACUGAUCCAGCACAGUGUAGAUUGCAAACUGAUCCAGCACAGUGUAGAUUACAGACUAAUCCAGCACAGUGUACACUGCAGACUGAUCCAGCACAGUGUAGAUUGCAGACUGAUCCAGCACAGUGUAGAUUGCAGACUGAUCCAGCACAGUGUACACUGCAGACUUGUCUUGCUCAGUGUAUCUUGCAGACAGGUCCAGCACAUUUAGCACCUAUGCAGACUGAUCGAGCCCCGUGUAUACAGCAGACUGAUCCAGCAUAGUGUAUAUUGCAGGCUCAUCCAGCACAGUGUAUAUUACAGAUUAAUUGUGCUCUAUGUAGACUGGAACAUGAAGCAGCACUAUGUACAAUACAUUUGGAUAGUUUUCAGACCCAUUCCCUUUCAUCUUGUGUCAUUAUGCUAAAAAAAAUCAGGUUUUACCCAAUCAUUCUGCAUGCAAUACACCAUAAUGACAAAGUGAAAAUAGAAUUUAAGAUUUUUUGUUCAAAUUUAUUAAAAGGGAAAAACUAAAUUUCCCAUGGACAUAAGUAUUCAGACCCUUUGCUAUGACACUUGAGUUGUUUCAGCACCUUGAUUGGAGUCAUCUGUGGAAAAUUCAGUGAAUUGGAUGUUGAAGUUGGACUAUAUAAGGCCUCACAGCUGACAAUAUA